AGAAACACCAAUUUCUUCAGGCCACGCUCACCACCAAUGCUUAACACCGUCAUUCAACACGUAACACGUGACAGCAAACGCCCAGCAACCCCGCGAUGGAGGGGAACUCUACCAGUUUAAUAUCAAAACCAAACAUAUCAAAACACUACAAAUCGCCGUAUCCUCAUUACAACUGGCAUCAUACUCAUCAAGCGACAUGAUAGCUCCGUUCGCCAAUAUAUAUAACCUCCGCAAGGUGGCAGAAGCAUCAGCAAAGGCCUGCGAUACAUGUUACAAGCCAACGACCUCUGUGUUAAUCACACCAGACAAAAAGGACUUCUUUUACAUAUGUGAUGCUCAUCUCAAGGACAAGUACUUUUGCAAUCCCAAGAUUGACGAAGAGGCCGUCAAAGCAAAGCGUGAGAAGAAGCUCGCCGAAGCAACGGAAAAAGUGAAGAAGGAGUACGAGGAGAAGAUGAAGAAGAAGAAGGAAAAGGAAGAAAAGAAGAAGAAAGAAGAGAAAGAGGGUGAUAAAGAUAAGGACAAGGAGAAGGACGCAAAGGAUACAACGAAGAGCGAUGAUAAGAACGCCAAGGAGAGCGAAUCGGAAUCGGAACCAGAAGAAGCCCCCAGAGUCUUUGAGCUUAAAACCACCUUUUACCAGCAGCGACUCCUGCGCAAGCGCCAGUUGGAAGCAGCCAGACGAGACCGCGAGAGAGUAUCCCAGCCCGGCUACUUUCCCUCCGUGCCUUCGGCGCCGCCCUCAAAGUAGAGGACCUCCGGAGACCAUGCUAUGCCGGCAUUUCCUACAUUGAAUAUCUCCGAGCCACGCCUCUUCUUGAUACACUACAGCUCUCCAUCUACAAGACAUGCGUGUGGCGAAAAAGCCACCGUAUACUCCCUAUUUACAGUCCCCAUGACGGCGCCAAGCAGGGCAAACAAGUCUCCUCUGGGAAUCCACGAUGCUCACUAGCAGAGUGAUCACCAGGGCUUCCUUGACGUCAAGCAACAGCAGCAUGAUCUCAUGGGCAGGUUAGACCACGCGACACAACCGUCUCGGGCCCGAACACAACGACGAACCGUCUGAUGAACCCUGCAUGUUUCAGGGUGUAACAAGACCAUCGCUGAGAAAGCACCCGCAAGGGAGGGGCGUUUGCAAGUCGUGCAGCGAUGGGUGAUCUGAGCUUACAUGGAUAUAUCGGGUUACAGAGCAAGGGAAGCUUUAGGCAUCCGUUAUUUGCAAUGCUUACCUUGCCCGCGGCGGCCGAUAGUAUUGCUUCCAAAGUGGUUUGCAUUUGCAUUGGCGUUUUGCAGGUGGGGAACCGUAAGCGGGCGCUUACAUUCGUGUUUUUCUCUUGGGGCUACUACUACUCCUUGGCAAAAGAAGGAAAAUUUUCCUUCUGGGCCUCUUUCUUUCCGGUGGUAGCCACAGUAAUCCUUGGAGACUCAGGGCCAGACGGAAUUAUUCAAGCAAACGACAAGGCCGAGCUUUGGCCACGGGGAUUAGAUGGGCGUGUUGUUAAACAAAGAAUGUGGAUAUAUAUCCGUGGCGGAGAGCACGCGCCGCCCGCCUCUCUCCCUGUAGGGCUUAAAUCAUGCCUUGCUAUUAUUCUCCUCGCUUCGAUACGCUUAUGGAGCUUGGCUCCUCGGGCCUCGUGCUAAACUUUAAUGCGUCCGACGGCUCUUAUGCGACGGUGAUCCACGGAUCGGGCAGGCAAGCCUGGUGGAGAGUGUGUCAUGCCAUUGAGGCGCCCAGGGAGCUGCGGCUCAACUGAACCAUUUUCAAGCCAUGCACCGCUCACAAGACGCACCAUAAUUAGAAACCUACCGGUGUGGCUGCCUGGCGCCAUGGUUCUGGCUUGACGCGGCGCUCCAAGGAUGAAGGGUACAAUGUGAAGCGAGUGCGAGCCUUGACGUGCAGCAGGCAUCGCCACGGAGGAUGCCUCGAUUGAGUUAAUCCCCUAAUGUCGUCAGUCAGCUCGAGGCACCACUCGCAUACUUUUACAGAGGUUCCGGUGACUUUGUGUCUAGGCGUCGAGCGUCCAUGGUAGCAUAACGCCUCUCAGCCGCAUGGUCAAACGAACGUAGUGAGUGAUGUGGUGUAUAUCUGAUUGCAUCUUUGUCACAAUUCACGGCAAGCUCUGGUGAUGGUGAAAACAGCCUGGCCGAAGCCUACUUUUCUGCCACAUCCAUUCUCAUUCUUCAAAGAAAAAUAGGUGCAAUCCCGCGGUUUCAUCUGCCGCCUCGCUGGGAAAAUGUCUCCGAGCCUGCCCCGACAGCCGGCCACUUACACUGACCCUUUCACAAACUUCCGUGUAUUUGCAUGCAGGAUGAAAUGACGCGGCUCUCGGUUUUCGAGUCGCAGAGCAGCUGCAUUAGGAACUGCCGGCAGCUGGUGCACAAAGAGCUGCGUCUACGGGUACCUUUGCCAGCGCACUAGAACCCCUUGCUUGGUGAAAGAUACAAGGCUCAUCGUGGCGCUCUCAGAGUCAUGGCGGGGGAAAGAAAGGAGCAACAGGGGAUGAUGAUGCUCCUUGUUUAGUACUGAAUAUAUCCCACAAUGUAGCAUACAGGCAAGUAGCUGCUAGUUGUGACUUUGAUGAGCGGCCCAGACAGGAUCGUCAGCCGCCACCGGUUCGUCCUGAAUACGAACAGUUGUAGAGAAGAUGUGGUCCCAACAGAUGUGCUUGUCUGACAAAGUACCUGUAUACUCACCAUCCUAUGCAAUGGCGGGUUGAACAUAGAGCUGCUGCUGGUAGUAUAUACCUUAGGUAGUAACACGGCGCAACUCCGCGCGCUAUUACCUGUUUAGAUGAACAUAUGCCUGUCAUGUUGACCUUCCCAAAC